AUGAAAGUGUUGAUGCUUUCCUUUGUUGUUUUCCUCUAUGGGAGUUUUACUUCAGUAAGAAAUAUCUAUUAAUCAAUUCAUUCAUUAAUCGUAGCCUACAAUAAUAUGCGUGCUUGAUUGCCAAUGCCGAGGGUGGGUGACGGUGAUUAUUUAAGAUAGUCCUCAUUCCAUCUCACAGUGCAAUUUUGUAGAAGAAAUCACAUAAAUGAAGUGAACAUUUAUUUAUCUUAUAACAUGUUUUUGUUCUUUUAGGCAUCAGCACUUUGUCCCUCCAAAUGUUUGUGUCCUCUUAAGUUAGCCAGGUGCGCUCCAGGAAUCAGCCUCGUGCCAGACGGCUGUGGAUGCUGCAAAGUUUGCGCCCGGCAGCUCAAUGAGGACUGCAGCAAGACAGAGCCAUGCGACCACAUCAAGGGACUGGAGUGCAACUUUGGGUCUGGUUAUGGCACAGCUAAAGGCAUCUGUCGAGGUAUGAUAAAAGUGUAUUGGAAAUAAUAAUACUGAUACCCUGCUGUGGUCAUUGUAACUUCUACAAAUCAGUAUAGGCUCCAAUGGGUUUGGCUGUAGAGAUGUAGGAAUUUACGGUUAUGAACAUGUUUAUUACAAAUGACGAAUUAUGCUUUUGGUUUACAGCUCAUUCUUUAUAAUUAGAUAUUACACUUGACUCACAUAGUAACAGUCUCCCUGUCUGCUUCUCCAAACAGCCAAAUCAGAUGGAAGACCCUGUGAGUACAACAGCAAGAUCUACCAGAAUGGAGAGAGCUUCAGUGCCAACUGCAAGCACCAGUGUACGUGCAUGGAUGGUGCCUUGGGGUGUGUGUCCCUGUGCCCCCAGCAGCUCUCCCUGCCCAAACUGGGCUGUGCCGAACACAAGCCGGUCAAAGUGCCUGGUCGCUGCUGUGAGGAGCUGGUCUGCCCUGAGGAGGAGGGGAAAGUGGUGGGCUCAGCCUCAGUUGAAAAGAAGGUCAGCAAAGAUGGCUGCAAGGAUAAACAUUCCGAUGAUGACCUCACAAAGAGAAACGAGCUGGUGUCUGUCAUCAGAGGACUCAAGUCUUUAGCUGGUGAGUCAAUGGAACUCUGUUUAUUCCAGUGGUUCAGUUAGUGAUAUUAUUGAGCUCCAAUAGAUGUUCAGCCUCGGUAUACAUCCAGACAGGGAGCUAUUUAUUAUCACCAUCUGUAUGUACAGUGUAAAUAGUAUGUAGAUUUGAACUCAUGUCCAAGUUUUGUGAGACCCAUCCAAUGCACAUUGACUAAUCUUCUUGCCAUCUUUUCCCCACAGCUUUCAGGAGUAAGCCUGAGAGUCGCCUGAUGUCCAAGGGGAACAGGAGGUGUGUGGCUCAGACCACAGCCAAGUCCCUUUGCUCUAAGUCCUGUGGUACAGGAGUUUCCUCCAGGGUCACCAACAACAACAGCCAGUGCAAGCUGGUGAAGGUGACUCGUCUCUGUGAGGUCCGCCCAUGCUACCAGUCAGCCUACUCCAUCCUGAAAGUAUGCAUCUAUACAUUAUACAGUCAUUUUCCAGAUGCUUAUAUCCAAAAUUACUUCUACAAAUAUAUUGAGUAUACAGAGCAUUUGGAAAGUAUUCAGACCCCUUAACUUUUUCCACAUUUUGUUACGUUACAACCUUAUUCUAAAAUGGAUUAAAUUGUUUCCCCCCCCCUCAUGACCCCAUAAUGACAAAGCAAAAACAGGUUUUUAGAAAUUCUAGUAAAUGUAUAAAGAAAUACAAAACUGAAAUAUCACAUUUACAUAAGUAUUCAGACCCUUUACUCAGUACUUUGUUGAAGCACCUUCGGCAGCAAUUACAGCCUUGAGUCUUCGUGGGUAUGAAACUACAAGCUUGGCACACCUGUAUUUGGGGAGUUUCUACUAUUCUUCUCUGCAGAUCCUCUCAAGCUCUGUCAGGUUGGAUGGGGUGCGUUGCUGUAUAGCUAUUUUCAGGUCUCUCCAGAGAUGUUCAAUCGGGUUCAGGUCCGGGCUCUGGCUGGGACACUCAAGGACAUUCAGAGACUUGUCCCGAAGGCACUCCUGCGUUGUCUUGGCUGUGUGUUUAGGGUCGUUGUCCUGUUGGAAGGUGAACCUUCACCCCAGUCUGAGGUCCUGAGCGCUCUGGAGCAGGUUUUCAUCAAGGAUCUCUCUGUACUUUGCUCCGUUCAUCUUUCCCUCGAUCCUGACCAGUCUCCCAGUCCCUGCCACUGAAAAACAUCCCCACAACAGGAUGCUAACACCACCAUGCUUCACCGUAGGGAAGAAGCCAGGUUUCCUCCAGACUUGACGCUUAGCAUUCAGGCCAAAGAGUUCAAUUUUGGUUUCAUCAGACCAGAGAAUCUUGUUUCUCAUGGUCUGAGAGUCUUUAGGUGCCUUUUGGCAAACUCCAAGCGGGCUUUCAUGUGCCUUUUACUGAGGAGUGGCUUCCGUCUGGCCACUCUACCAUAAAUACCUGAUUGGUGGAGUGCUGCAAAGAUGGUUAUCCUUCUGGAAGGUUCUCCCAUCUCCACAGAGGAACUCUAGAGCUCUGUUAGAGUGACCAUCGUGUUCUUGGUCACCUCCCUGACCAAGGCCCUUCUCCCUCGAUUGCUCUGUUUGGCCGGGCAGCCAGCUACGGACAAUUCCUUCGACCUCAUGGCUUGGUUUUUGCUCUGACAUGCACUGUCAACUGUGGGACCUUAUAUAGACAGGUGUGUGCCUUUCCAAAUCAUGUCCAAUCAAUUGAAUUUACCACAGGUGGAGUCCAAUCAAGUUAUAGAAACAUCAAGGAUGAUAAAUGGAAACAGGAUGCAUCUGAGCUUAAUUUCGUGUCUCAUAGCAAAGGGUCUGAAUACUUAUGUAAAUAAGGCAUUUCUGUGUUUUAUUUUUAAUUAAUUUGCUAAAAUUUCUAAAAACCUGUUUUCAUGUUGUCAUUAUGGGGUAUUGUGUGUAGAUUGAUGAGGAAUUUAUUUGAUUUGAUCCAUUUUAGAAUGAGGCUGUAACGUAACAAAAUGUGUAAAAGGUCAAGGGGUCUGAACACUUUCCGAAUGCACUGUAUGUGGCCCAUGUGAGAAUCGAACCGGCGGCAGCAAUGCUAUGCUAUCACCAGGAUGAAACUGAAUCCUAAGGACAUUGAAACACAUGCAUGUCCAGUACAUCAAUAUUUUGUUCUCACAUUGUUCUUGUUCUCCUCUCACCAACAGAAGGGUAAGAAGUGCAGUCGCAUUGCGAAGGCCAGCCGUCCAGUGAAGCUGAGCUAUGCAGGCUGCAGCAGCGUGAAGAAGUUCCACCCAAGGUACUGUGGUUCUUGUCUGGACGGGCGCUGCUGCACCCCUCAGCAGACCCAGACUGUAGCCGUUCGCUUCCGCUGUGAGGACGGAGACACUUUCAGCAAGGACGUCAUGGUCAUAGAGUCCUGUUCAUGUGACUUUAACUCUCCUCAUAACAACAAGAAGCCCUCUGGGCUCUCCAAUGAUAUCCGCAAAUCCAGAGGCUGA